UCAACACCCAGACUGACGAUCUGCCGAGAUCAAGAUGCGCUGUGCUGAACGUGUUGCGUUGUCGUGUGGAGUGAUCUUGUGUGCCCUGGUUGAUCCAGGGGGAAGUUUCGUGGCGGGAGGGCAACGACCUGCAGUUGCUGGAAGGGGUCGGCAGUGGGAGAAGCGUCCUCGGUGCGAUGGCGUUUUGGUGCAGUCGAGCAGCAGCAGCAGCAGCAGCAGCAGCUUGGAGACCUCGACCACGUCUGAUGAAUAUGAGCACCAAGCAGCACCUCUUUCUUUUGGUAUCCGAGAAUCCGAGCAGUCCGACGUCCUGGCAGCUUCCUAUUGCUGCUGAGAAAUGGUGGGAUGAUGAUGCGACAAUAGUCUGUGUUUGCUGAUGGCUGUCAGUCUCCGACCUAUAACAUUGCUGUUGCGGUCUCUGUCUGCUUGUGAUCAUAGUGGUGUAAAAACAUUGCUCCUGACUGUACUACCGACGUACUUCUCGUAGCAUAGUCUACUUGUUGUAGUCAAGUUUGCGGACCCGUGGUAAUCACAGCGCUUCCUUCUCCUUGAUGUACUUAUGUUUUGUGACACCUAGUCCCCU